AUGGCGCGCGGAUCCGCCGCCCGACGCGCGAAUAUAAGCAAUAGCUCGGCCUCGAGCUCUUCGUCAUCGCUCGCGUCGGCUGCUGUCGCUCCGCAGUUGCCCUCGGCCGCGCAAGAUCUGCCUUCGCCGGACGUUUUAAGACGGCCGCCGGCGUCUUCGCAGGUGCACUCUCCGAGUUCGCUUUCUAACUCUCAGGGACCUGCGACGCCUUCGAAAUCAGAUCUGUCGGUCAAUAAAGGCGACGUUUUGUUGCCGACGACGCCGCUCCAUCAUGAGUCGUCUGAACGCUCGCUGCGGAAGUCAUCUUCGUUCUAUAACGAACACUCGGCCUCGGCUGGCAGCAGCAAGACGAUCUCGGUCCAGAACUCGAUCCUCACGCCUCAUCCGUUUAUCGACUCUCUCACUAUUUUCAUUCUCAUAAUCCAGUUCCCGAACCUCAUUGUCUCCUUCAUUCAUAUCCUUUUCGCGUCCUUGACUUUUGUCCCGCCGCCCACCCCUCCGGCGUCAUCAUUGAUCUCAGCACUCACUCACGCGACACAAGCCUCUCCGAGCCUUCUCACCGUCUUGUUUGCCGAUAUCACCGUCGCAGUUAUCUCGAUUUUCUUUCUACCGCGCAUGCGCGCAAUUAUGGUCGAUCUCGGCUCGGCGGUUAUUGCGUCUGCUCUUGGAGGGGGUGGGUCAAAGACCGCGAUUUACUGCACCUCGCUUCUGCAAAUCGCGCGCGCCGUUCGGCAUUCAUUUUUCUUGAUCCGCCGCGGUGCACUUUCGCCAGUAUCCUCUUCGUCAACGACACCGUUCGAAUACGAGCAGGAGCCGAUUCCGCCGCAGUACUACCUAGCAUCGGGAGGAAACUCUCCUCGCACUCUGGAUAUUCUGUACGGGUCCGCCGGCUGGUUCAGCCAAGCGAUUGCGAUCCAUAUUGUUGGGCAAAGCGUGAUGCACUCGCUGCGGCGGAUGUUUUUACGGAAUGAAACGAGACUCAGCUCAAUGCCGGCCGCAAGUUCGUCACCGGCUAUACUGGGCGACGGGUACGGCAUUGACUACGAGGCGGUUGCGUUUGCUCACAACAUGCCGUCGUCGACUGCUACACCAUCAUCAAAUAACACCCCUGUGAAAAAGAAGAAAAAAACCAACAAAGAAGGAAAGCACUAUCAGCAAACACUAUGGUCAGCGCUUGCAAACACGCUCGUUCUGGCUUCGCGCGAGUCCAAUCAGAUUCUCUCGGAGCCGCAGCCAGUAGUAGCAGACGAGUCCUCGCAAAACUGUUACGGCUCUUCGUUAACUGCCGACGAGAGCCAGUCGUUGCUCUCCUCUUUGAUUUCGGACGAUAAUCCGUCAGCCAACGGCCUGGGGUAUCGGCCGUCGGCUACAGAACCAGCGCUGUACUGCUGCGUGCGGUAUAUUCUCGAGAACGAGGUCGCGUUUGAAAUUAUCCCGGGUGAUGCUGUGGCUUCUGCUUCUGCUUCUGCGGAAGGUAAAGCUGCGACCUCACUGCCAGCUACUGACUUAAACGGCCACGACGAUCGCUCGUUACUGCCGACCUCGCUUGUGCCUUCAAUUUUCUCCCACCCCGAUCCCACCCAGGCCGCUGUUGGUUCCCAACCCCACGCAUGCCAAGCGUCUCUUUACAACGGAGUCACAGUGCGCGUGAAUGGCAUCUUAUGGCCGGAAGUCUCAGUCCAGACAAUCGUGCCAAAACUACACUACCCCGGUCUGCAGCAAACCUCCGAAGGCCCCGCCGACGCGACCGUGCAGAUGCUCGAAAACGCAGUGGCGGACGAUGUCGAGAUCAACGGCGGCUCGUUGCCAGAGUCGGCGGAGGAGUUCGCAGAGACGUUGCUGGUGGUUAGUGGGUUGACGCCGAUUACGGAGUAUGAGAUUGAGAUUUGCAAGAAGUUCAAGUAUCGGCAGGUUACCAUCUGCCGGACUGAUAUUUGCACGUCGCCUAAGGAUUCAUCGACAGUUUCCUCGCAAGUGCAGCAACCAUCGCGUCCUCUGUCGCCAGUGACUACACUUCUCGACACUCUAUGUACGACGAACGAGACGCUCACGGAAGAAAAGCAAAAGCUGAAACGGUUCCGCCGCGACCACUCCAAGCAUCUCUCUGCGCUGCGGUCCGAGAUCGACGCGCUCAAGUCGCGGCUCGGCACGGGCGACCGCGGGGACGAACGAGCGUGGCGGCGAGUGCUGGCGUUGCGCGAGAGCGUGCGGAGGACGGAGGAGGAGAUCGAGACGCUGCAGAAGCGGACGGUCGAGCUUGAGUUGGAAGAAGAGAAUCUGGAGCGGGAAGUGAGCGAGCGACGGAAGAUAUGGCAGGCCGCGAUGGGCGAGGCUAAUGAGCACGAACGUCGUCUGCAGCAGCGGAAAGAAGCUAUCGAGGCGCGUGGUCGUGAACUGCAAGCGGACGAGAGUUCGAUUGCGGGCAAGUGCGAGAAGCUUCAGGCGCGACAACGGAAGCUGUUGGCUGAGUUCCAGCGGGCGGAUCAGGAGCGAAGGCAGGCGUGGGACGCGGAGUUUAAGCGCCGCAAGCUUGAGCGCGAGAAACUGGCCGAGCGACGCCACGCGAUCGAGGAGGAGUUUUCGAGCGCAAUCACAAAGAUGGAGCACGGGAUCGACGAUAUCAAGGAUAAGACGCAGAUGACGUGGCAGUCAGUGAGUGUGUUUGGCGAGAGCGCGAUCGCGACCGCUGCGACGGCGGUUGGCAUCGCGUUGCCGGUGCCGAUGACGAGUGCUGGUGGAGCGCAGGGCGGGAUGAGCGCGCUGUCGCCUAGCUCGACUGCAAACUCCGGAAGUGUGAAUACGCCGAGCUCGUCUUCUGCCGCGCUCACCUCGGCUCCGGGUUCGGUUGGAAACGGACCGUCUGUAUCCCCCUUGCUUCAGUGA